AGUGUGUCGAGGUUAUUGUCACCAUUCGAGCUUUGGGCAUUCAAGGAACAACAGUACCUACAAUAAAAACAAAAUGUUUACCUACAUUUGUGCCGUCCUCAUCGUUGCCUGCAACAUUCAAGUAAUCCUAUCGGAAGACGCGCAGUAUGUUCGGAGUCCCAUUUGCCAACAGAAAAAUGGUUAUUACAAAGUGGACGCUAGCUGCGACGCUUACGUAGAGUGCCUCAAUUACCAAGCCAUUGACAUGGUCUGCCCUGAUGGUCUUCAUUACGACCUUGAAGCUAAAUGGCCUGGCUACCCCUGCGGAUAUCCCAUGGAUGUACCCUGUGUAGGCCGUGGUGCUGCCCAAGCCGCUCAGCCAACAGCAGAAUGCCCUCAUCAGUACGGCUACUUCCCAUCACCCCUCGCCACUGUAAACUGUGGCCAGUACCGCAUGUGUAUCGGUGGCAAGGCUAUAGAAAUGAACUGCCCCGCUGGUCUGGCCUUCAACCCUGAAUCUGGACGGUGCGACUGGCCUGACCAGGUCCCUUCAUGCAAAGCUGAUGACUUCCUCGGGUUCUCCUGCCCUGCUCCCCCAGUUGAUGCUGACGGUGCGCCCUUGGACGUCGUCCUAAACUACAAAUACAACAACAACUGCUACUAUUUCUUCUCGUGUGCGAAGGGACAUGCUCGGCUACUCGCCUGUGAUGAGGGUCUUGCCUUCGACCCUGCUUCGGGAAAGUGCAUCGAAGCUGAAUACGUCGACUGCGGAUCCAACCACUAAAAACUGCUUUAAAUAAUUAAUAGUCGAAUUGAAAUAAUAAAUAUUUAUAUAUGAAA